CUGACAGCUGAAGCGGCCACAGUUUGAUGCGUAUUUCACACGCUGUAUAUGCACGUGCAUUAAUAUUCCAAUAAAAAUUGCGUUUUAAGUGUAUAAUAAAUUGGCAUGCCAGUGACGAAUUUAUAUACUUCGGUGGCCUGCAAUCGCACCACCGAAUGCGCCGAUUGGGGUCCCAGUGGCUUGAUUGCUUAUGGCGCAUGCAAUGCGGUUGCGGUGCUGGAUCCUCGCUACAAUGGCAAUUCAGCCAAGAUAUUGUUCACCCUGGUGGAGCACACAAAGCGUGUGAAUGUAGUCAAAUGGCUGGACGAGCAUCAAUUGCUCUCCGGCGCGGAUGAUGCCAACGCAGUUUUGUGGCAACUGGACAAAGCCGGCGCCAAGAAGCGCAUUUUGCUGAAGGGACACGAAAGCGGGGUGAAUACCGUGGAUGGUGUGCGCCGUCCAAGCGGCGUGUGGCUGCUGGCCACGGCUGCGGCAGACAACAGCCUCAAGUUGUGGCAUCUGCAGACAAAUGGCGAAAUCAGUUGCUUUCAAACUGUGCAGCUAGAUGGCGGCUUCUGUUUAACUUUACGCCUCACCCUGCUGCCCAAAAGCGACCAAGUGCUGCUGGCCUUCAGCGCCGAUGACGAAACAGUCGCCCUGUGGUCGGAACAGUCCGCUGGCAGUGGCGAUGCCAGCGCGGGGUUUAAGCAUGUCCACAAGCUGACUGGCCACGAGGAUUGGGUACGUGGCCUGGACUUUGUUUACGAUGAGGAUGAUUUACUGCUGGCCAGCGGCUCGCAGGAUAACUUUAUACGUCUCUGGCGCAUCGAACCGCGCAGUGGGCUGCACACGUCUAAGAGCUCCGUGGAUGACUCGAACGUUAAUGCUGCGGACAGCAGCGAGUUACGCGUCGAGGAGAAGAUUCUGCAGCUGGGCGAACAGGCCUGGUAUGCAGUCACACUCGAAUCAGUGCUAUAUGGCCACGAGGGUUGGAUCUAUGGCGUGCACUGGCACAAGACCGAACAGCAAGAACUACGUCUGCUAUCCGCCUCCAUUGACAAAACCCUAAUUGUCUGGGCGCCCACAGAAAUGGGCGUGUGGCUGGAACAGGUGCGCGUCGGCGAAGUUGGCGGCAAUUCCAUGGGCUUUUUUGGCGGCAAAUUCGCACACGACGGUCUCUCCAUUAUGGCGCACAGCUACCAGGGCGGCUUUCACAUAUGGAAUCAGAGCCGGGAACAGCCGCAGCUCUGGACGUCCAAUGUGAUUGUGGGCGGCCAUUAUGGCGAAGUGCGCGAUUUGGCCUGGGAGCAUGAGGGCGCCUAUUUGAUGACUGUCUCAGCGGAUCAAACGACACGUCUGCAUGCGCCCUGGCUUCAGGCGGACAAAUCGCCCACCUGGCACGAACUGGCGCGUCCCCAGGUGCACGGCUACGAUAUGCAGACGCUGGCGCUUCUCUCACGCUAUAAAUUCGCCAGUGGCGCGGAGGAGAAAAUAGUACGCACAUUCCAAGCGCCAGCGAAUUUCAUAGAGAACUUUCGACACAUCAGCGCACUGGCAAAUGAUGCAGCAGGCGACGCUCUGCUGGACUCUCUGCCCAAAGGCGCUUCGGUACCAUCACUGGGACUGUCCAACAAGGCCGUGUACAAAGUGGAAACAGCUGCUGAUAAGAGCUCGACUGCCAAGGAUGAGUAUCCGGAUAACUACUUUGUGCCGAUAACACUGCAAACGCCGCCACAGGAGGAGACACUGAUGCAGAACACAUUAUGGCCGGAAUUGCAAAAGCUGUACGGACACGGCUAUGAGCUCUAUGCGCUGGCAGCCACGCCCGAUGGCCAGAUGCUGGCAUCCACUUGUCGCGCCAGCAAUGCGGAGCAUGCACAGAUUAUACUCUGGAAUACGACCAACUGGAAGCAGCUGCAGAAGCUGCCUGGCCAUCAGUUGACCGUCACACAGUUGCGUUUCUCGCCAGAUGCGCGUUACUUGCUCUCCGUUUCCCGUGAUCGCCGCUGGUCCCUCUACGAGCGCGAACAGCCCGCGGACCCGCUCAGCAGCUAUGCGCUGGUGGCCAACACGGACAAGACAAACGGAGUGCAUACGCGCAUCAUUUGGUCCUGUGACUGGUCGCACGAUGGCAAAUACUUUGCGACGAGCUCACGCGACGGCAAAGUCGUCGCCUGGACACGGACAGAGCAGCCCGAGGCGACAGGUUCCCUGAAUGGCUGGCAAGCAGCUGGCACGCUCGAGCUAAAGAAUGAGUCUAUAACAGCUGUUAGCUUUGCGCCGCACUACCUGAACGGGCAGGAUGGGAUCUAUGUACUGGCGCUGGGCACAGAGAGCGGCAUCAUAAAGAUAUAUCGGUUCAACAAGGGACAAUGGCAGCUGAGCUGCGAUCUAAACAAUGAUUGUGCACAUCACCUGACAGUGAAGCGUUUGCAGUUCCGACCGGGUCAGCAGCUACAGUUGGCCAGCUGUGGCGAUGAUCAUUUGGUGCGAAUCUACGACAUUUCGUAAACAUAAAAUAUAAGUCGGGUUCAUUCAUUAAACAGUCAACAAGUCAAUUA